ACUUACGUGGCAGUACGUGAGGCAAGCUUGAGUUAUAAUGGAAGACAACUGGUGUGAUUGUGAAUGUACGAAAGGGAUGAAGAAUUCAUGGAAGCUGCGUUUUAUGUGUAAUCUCACUUGCGUUUAGGGAAGUGAGUUGUUUUAGUAAACCCACCCAAAAUCCCUCCACUUCUCCUCGACAACCGCCCUCUAUCUUCCAUGGAAUCUACAGACGAGUCGGAGUUGGAGGCUGAGCAAUAUUCAAAUUCAUUGUCUGUUUCCACGGCAGAAUCUGCAGACGAGUCGGAGGCUGAGCAAUCUUCAAAUUCAUUGUCUGUUUAUGCUCGUUGUACCCAAUGUUCUGGUCCUUCGUCCUCUUACCACAUCGUUUUCUCUGAGCAAAAUGAGUUUGAAGAGGUAGAGUGUUAUGUAAUUAAGGUUUCCGACGUCCGUCGCCGACGAAAGCUCCUUCCGAUUAGUACUGGGGAAGUUCAAAAUCCCUUCAGCUGGACACCUCUAGGCCAUCAGCUGUAUUCUAUUGCCGGCCAAGGGAAACCCCUUCGCGAUGUGUGGACACUAGACGUUACACGUCACCGUGAGGGCUGGAAGUCCGGUCCUCCGAUGCUUUGUCCCAGAUCCGACUGUCGCAUCUUGGCCCUGGACGGCAAGUUGUUUGUUUUUGGUGGUUGUGAUCCAUCUUCCCAUUGGGGCGAGUUUUUUGACCCGGUGGGUGGAAGCUGGAACGCCUUACCCGAUCCUCCCUCUCGUUUUGAUGACAGAGAUGGCGACGAUUUUGAUAGAAUGAUUUGUGUGCCUCUGAAAGAUUCAAACACGAUUCUUGUGGCUUCAUUUGUUUCUGAGCAUCUUAGUUAUAUCUUCUAUACUUACAAUGUGGCAACUUCUCGUUGGGCGACACUAGAGCAUUUGGGUAACAAGAUGAAUGCUACAGCCUGCUUUCAUGGAUGGAAGGCUGUAGCCGCGCUUAAUAGAUUGUAUUGGACUGAUAAUUCUAAGGACAAAAUUAUAUUGAUUGCCUACGAUUUAGAUCAGGAUAUGUGGCUUCAGGGGCGGCUAGACUGGCUUCUGAUCCGGCGACAAUAUUGGGGAAACGAAUCGGGCUUUUUUAAUUCUGAUGAACAUCUGGUCCAUUUAGGAGGAUCCAUGUUCUGCGCGCUCUUGCAGUAUAAAUCUAAAUGCGAGGAGGACAAGUAUUUUUUUUGCCGGGUCAUAAUAGAUGUCGAUCAUGACUUUGAUAGAAAGAGGUUGAAUAUAUCCGUUGUCUCCACCCAAAAAUAUAAGACGUUUGUCGGCAAUGCAAUUGAUAGUUGCCAUUUACUGUGGAUAGAACAUGACCAAUCCUCUCAUGUGACUCCUAGUCGAAGUACACUUGAUAGGAGAAUUGAGAAAAAUCAUAGGGAAGAAUCAGCUGAGGAGGAAGUCAUUCAAGGACUGUCAACACGCAUGGAGACUCUGAAAAGGCACCUUGAUGAAAUUGAAAGGGGUCUCCCAGGAAAGAUGGACUCUGUGAAAAGGCACCUUGAUGAAAUUGAAAGCGGUCUCCCAAGAAAGAUGGACUCUCUGAAAAAGCACCUUGAUGAAAUUGAAAGCAGUCUCCAAAGAGAGAUUGACUCUGUGAAAAAGCACCUUGAUGAAAUUGAACGGGACCCUGGAGCAAAGGACAUGAGGAAGAGGGAGCAUGGUGAUGGUGAUGAAAUAUGUAGGAGUAUAGUUCAAGACGGUGAUAGAGUUGACAAAGAUGAAUAUCUACAUUCAAAAAAACAGUUGGGUAAUGGCAAUGAUAAGGAAGUUGUCUCACGCCAUGGGGAAAGAGAUGAUGGUGUGAAGAAUUGGCAUGAAAAUCUGGAUGAUCAUCAUAGCAAGAGAAGGAAAGAUGACAAAGAAGAAAUCUUGCACUACCACAGGCAAAGUUCCAGUCCUAGUAAGCAGGAGAGGGAAGAAGCUAUGGAGCCAUGCAAGAGAGAUGACCAACUAAGAGUUUGAGAUAACCUUCAUGUCCAUAUAAGUUUCCUUCAAUUUCUUCUCUCGAUUGUAUAGAAUUGACUGAAAUUUUUGUGCUGCACGAUGUGGGAUGGUCUUAUCCACGCUGUUGAGAAAGAACAAUUUGUUUCAUAGUAUGAUUAGGGGUUGAAUUUUGUUUCUUUUUCUGGCAUUUUGACUGUUGGUUUUUGGUUUUGGUGCUUCAUUGUGUGUUUCUUGUUUGAUGCAUUUGUGGAAGUUGGAUACUUUCUAAUGCAAAUGGGAUCAAAAUGUGGGGAAAAAAAUUAGUUCCUGUGUUAAAUGGUAGAAAUG